GUCACCUGCUGACUUGGUGUGUUGGGAGGGAGACACUUCUUCUUCUUCUUCGAUUUUACUAUUUUCCUAAUCCCCAGAAUCUUCUUCUUCAACGAAGGUAAAAAUCUCAUCUUUCAGCUAAGUUUCUUCGUUUGAUUGAAUACCCAUUUUAAUUAUCAUAGCAAUCUUCCAAAUUUUCCAUAGUUACUGUUUGAUCAAUAUCAAUUAUCAUCCUUCAGGCUUCAACCACUGCAAUUCACUUUCUCUCUUUUUAAUUCUCUAUCUGCGUGCAUUUCUCUUGUAUAAAUUGAAAUCCAAUUGGCACGGUUCUUGUUUAAUUGAUUAUGAUUUGAUGAUGCACUCUUCUAUGACCCUUUUGUAUUGAGAACCAAAAUUUGAUCAUUUUUCUUUGUUAAUAAUAACACAAAGGUGAGAAUUUUGUGUUAAAUAAAAUGGACAAUUAUGGGUCAUCCUCUCCGUACCGAUAUCCAAACCCAUAUAUGUACCCUCCCAACCCUCAUCCACCAUACCCACCUCCAGGUUCAGGUCCUGAUCCACAACCACAUGUUCCUUAUCCAUAUCCUUACAUUUCUUCACAUUCAUUCAACUAUUCCUAUCCUCCACCUCCUAGACCUUCCUCACAUUCUGGCCCAUUGGAGUAUUCCUAUCCCCCUCCUCUCCCUUUGGACUUUCCCUACCCUCCACCAUCUUAUACUCAUUCCCCAUCUUAUCCUUAUCCCUACCAUGUUCCUCCAGGGAAUCAUGCUUCUCCCAGGCCUUCCCUUUCACACCAUGCUAGUUUGCAACAUGGAUCAUCUCAGUACUAUUAUCAACAAAAUGAAUCAUAUUCAUCGCCGGAAGGCCGUCCAGAUGCCCAUUCACGUGCCAAUAGCUUCUCUAGUGCCUACUGGCAGGGGAACAUAAGCACCCCAGGUGGUGGAGUAUCACAGACUAGUGAUAACUCCAAGCCAUCUCAGGGUUCUGCUUACCCUCCUUUGGAUGAUCUCAUGAGCAAUGUUCAGUUGUCUGAUGACAAGCCAACUGCACUUGCAUCACCAUCUGCACCAGCAGUGCAACCACUGACGCAUUCCAUUUCAGUUCCAAAGUUACAACAGAAGAAGGAGGAGUUUUAUGGACAUUCCAAUAACUCCUUCUCAGGUUGGGGGUCGUCAUACCCUGCUCGGGUGGAUUCAUCUAAACUCUCAGACUUUUCUGGCUCAUUUAAUGAAUCAGUGCAUAGUCAGAGUUUGCAGAUUGUUCCACUGCAGAAUAAAGGGUCCUUGAGAGUUUUGCUCCUACAUGGAAAUUUAGAUAUUUGGGUUCAUGAAGCCAAAAAUCUUCCAAAUAUGGACAUGUUUCACAAAACAUUGGGGGAUAUGUUUGGUAGAUUACCUGGUAGUGUGAGCAAUAAAAUUGAAGGAACUAUGAAUAGGAAGAUUACCAGUGAUCCUUAUGUAUCAAUUUCCAUAUCAAAUGCUGUAAUUGGGAGGACUUAUGUCAUUAGCAACUGUGAAAAUCCUGUUUGGAUGCAACAUUUCUAUGUUCCUGUUGCACAUCAUGCGGCUGAAGUGCACUUUGUCGUUAAAGACAGCGAUAUUGUGGGUUCACAGCUCAUUGGUAUUGUGGCAAUUCCAGUGGAACAAAUAUACUCAGGGGAAAGAGUUGAAGGAGCCUACCCUAUCCUUAAUAGUAAUGGGAAGCCUUGUAAGCAAGGUGCUGUCCUGAGCCUAUCCAUUCAGUAUAUACCAAUGGAGAAACUGAGCAUUUAUCACCAAGGAGUUGGAGCAGGCCCUGAAUACAUUGGGGUUCCUGCCACAUAUUUUCCUUUGAGAAAAGGUGGAACUGUUACUCUAUAUCAAGAUGCUCAUGUUCCAGAUGGCAGCCUUCCCAAUGUAAUGCUUGACAAUGGGAUGUAUUAUGUUAAUGGAAAGUGUUGGCAUGAUAUCUUUGAUGCCAUAAGUCAAGCUCGGCGUUUGAUUUAUAUUACUGGGUGGUCAGUGUGGCACAAAGUUAGGUUAGUCAGGGAGACUGCUGGUUAUGCAUCAGAUUAUACCCUGGGUGAUCUUCUGAGGUCAAAGUCACAGGAAGGAGUAAGAGUGCUUCUACUUAUUUGGGAUGAUCCUACAUCAAGAAGCAUUUUGGGUUAUAAAACAGAUGGUGUCAUGGCAACUCAUGAUGAGGAAACUCGACGAUUUUUCAAGCACUCUUCAGUGCAUGUGCUUCUUUGUCCUCGCAUUGCUGGAAAACGACAUAGCUGGAUCAAGCAAAAGGAAGUUGGAACAAUAUAUACUCAUCAUCAGAAAACUGUUAUUGUGGAUGCUGAUGCUGGAAGUAACAGAAGAAAAAUUAUAGCAUUUGUUGGUGGACUUGAUUUGUGUGAUGGCCGAUAUGAUACUCCUCAUCAUCCACUCUUUAGAACAUUGCAGACAGUACAUAAGGAUGACUACCACAACCCUACUUUUACGGGUAGUGUUGGUGGUUGUCCACGAGAGCCAUGGCACGAUUUGCAUUCUAAAAUUGAUGGUCCAGCAGCUUAUGAUGUUUUAACUAACUUUGAGGAGCGCUGGUUAAAAGCUUCAAAACCUCACGGGAUUAAAAAGUUGAAGAUUUCAUAUGAUGAUGCUUUGCUAAGCCUGGAGAGAAUUCCGGAUGUUAUUGGCAUCACUGAUGCUUCUAGUGUUGGUGAUGACAAUCCUGAAGUUUGGCAUGUUCAGAUAUUUCGUUCAAUUGAUUCAAAUUCCGUUAAGAGGUUUCCAAAGGAUCCAAAAGAUGCAACUAGCAAGAAUCUAGUAUGUGGAAAGAAUGUGCUGAUUGACAUGAGCAUACAUACAGCAUAUGUUAAAGCCAUUCGUGCUGCACAGCAUUACAUUUAUAUAGAGAAUCAAUAUUUCAUCGGAUCUUCAUAUAAUUGGAGUCAACAUAAAGACCUUGGUGCUAAUAACUUAAUCCCAAUGGAAAUUGCUCUAAAGAUUGCUGAGAAGAUAAAAGAAAAUGAGAGAUUUGCAGUGUAUAUUGUCAUUCCAAUGUGGCCAGAGGGUGUUCCAACAGGGGCUGCCACACAAAGGAUUCUAUUUUGGCAGAAUAAAACAAUGCAAAUGAUGUAUGAGACAAUUUACAAGGCUUUGGUUGAGGCAGGACUUGAAGCAGCAUUCUCUCCACAGGACUACUUGAACUUUUUCUGUCUCGGCAAUAGAGAGCCCAUAAAUAUGUAUGAUAAUGUCACUGUGACCGGAACUCCUCCCCCAGCAAAUAGUCCACAAGCAGCUAGUCGAAAUAGCCGACGCUUCAUGAUAUAUGUUCAUUCAAAAGGCAUGAUAGUUGACGAUGAAUAUGUGAUAUUGGGCUCUGCAAACAUCAACCAACGAUCAAUGGAAGGAACAAGGGACAGUGAGAUUGCAAUGGGAGCCUACCAACCUCAUCAUACCUGGGCAAGAAAACAUUCUUAUCCACAUGGACAAAUCCAUGGAUAUAGGAUGUCACUUUGGGCAGAACAUACAGGAACAAUUGAAGACUGCUACUUGCAACCUGAGAGCCUUCAGUGUGUGCGAAGGGUCAGAGAAAUGGGUGAGAUGAACUGGAAACAAUUUUCAGAAAAUGAAGUAACAGAAAUGAGAGGGCAUCUACUGAAAUACCCAGUAGAAGUUGAUCGAAAGGGCAAGGUUAGACCCCUUCCAGGCUAUGAAGAGUUCCCUGAUGUGGGAGGAAAAAUAGUUGGAUCUUUUCUUGCCAUGAAGGAGAAUCUAACCAUUUGAUGAGUUGAUCACUUUUUCUUUCAAUUCUGCUAGGAACUAGGAUAAAAUGUAUGUAAACUACAAAAUAGAAACAAUUUUGAAAAGCAUGAUAGUUGAAGAAACACAUACAGUGUAUAGUAGUACACACUCAGGUUAUUCUUUUUCCUUUUUUAGAGGAUUAACAUGCAUUACAACCUGUCCCACCACAUUCUUGAUUAUCAUAGUAGUACACUUAUCCUGGGAAAAAUUUCCCAAAAUCAAUCUGGUUUUUGUGCGUAUAUACUUUACAGGAAGUGGAUUUGUUUUGUAAUUUACACUGCCAAGGUUUGAUAUGAUAACAUCGUUCUCUGCUCUACUUAAAAAUCAUGAUCUUGGUUGAUUUUGUUCUCU